AUGAGUACAUCUUCAAACAAUCCUUAUCGUAAAAUUCCAAUUUUGAAUAAAUUACAUAUCAUUUAUAAAAGGUAUAGAGAUAAUGGAUAUAUAGGUCCAACAAUCGUUGCCUUGAAAACUUUGAAUAAUUCUAAGGAUUUGAUAAUGAAAUCCUUACAGGAAGAUAUAUCAUGGGGGCUUGCAUUUCUGCAUCAGGCGGGAUUGAUGCAUUGCGAUUUUCAUAGCGGUAACUUACUAGUUAGAUCCGAAAAUUCUGAAAAUUCAAAAUCAAAAAGAAAUUGGGGAAGAUUUCACAUAGGAGAUUUAGGUUUAUGUAGGCCAAUCGAUCAAAAUCAAAAUCAAGUGAAUGAGACUGGAGUAUAUGGAAUAUUACCUUAUGUGUCGCCAGAGGUUAUUAGGGGGUUUCCUUACACACCUGCUGCCGAUAUUUAUAGUUUUGGUAUGAUCAUGUGGUUACUCGCGACGGGACGACAACCUUUUUUUAAUAGACCACAUGAUUUACACCUGGCUUUCGAUAUUUGUGAUAAUGUUAGACCCGAAAUUUAUACUGGCAUACCAGAAUGUUAUAGUGAUCUGAUGAAAAAAUGUUGGGACAAUGAUCCUUUAAAAAGACCUUCCACGAAAGAACUAUGUGAUUUAUUCAUCAAAUGGAGGUUUUAUUCUCCCGAACAUAAAGCAAUUUUUGAACAGGCUGAAAAAGCUUCGAAAAAAUUUCUAAAUAUUACAAACGAUCCUAAAGCUAUUUAUACCAGUAGAUUUUUGAAUUUUCCUACUUUACGGAAAAACUUUUCAACAAACAAUCAUAAAAUCAUUGACGUUAAUAUUAAGGAAGAGGAUAUUAAAGAAGAGGAUGAAGAAUAUGAGACAAGACAAUUAGAAUUAGACAUAAGUAUAGAUGAACUGGAAAAUCUUAAGUAUGAUUAG